AGGAAACGCACAAUUUGAGCGAUUUGAGAGACGCUGUGUCUGCACGACGAGUUGAUUGCCUUUCCUCCCCCGCUGACGCACUCUAUUAUUAUUAUUAAUAUUAUUUUCUAUCACGGUGCCUUUAACGCGAGGGCAAAGCAGACAGAUAAAAAAGAAAAAGAAGAGAGAAAGAUAUGGCCGCUCCUCCAAUGCCGCCGGGCAAGAUGCCGCCGCGCCCACCCGGUGCGAAGCUCAUGCCGCCGAUGCCGCCGGGCUUCAAGGCACCCCCCAUGCCACCCGGCAAGAUGCCGCCGGUUCCACCAGGCAUGAACCGCCCAGGGGCCCCACCCAUGCCACCAGGGAUGGUGAGGCAGCCGGGGCCUGCUCACGUCGGUGGACCACCGCACCCCCACUACCCCGGCAACACCGGUGCUCCCGCUUCUGCAGCUCCGCCGCCCACAGCAGCGCCAACUUCGCAGUCCGCUGAGCCAUCUCAGGCUCCCCGCUAUCUGAUGCCCCCCGGCGCAGCAGCAGGGGAGUUGCCAACGCUGUCGCCCAAUGCGAUGGCCGCCCCUCCUCAGCCGCCGUCGGCGUCACAGCACUACCGCGGGAACUACGGUGGCGACUACGGCGGCCAGUACGACGGCGGCUACCCCGCGCAGACGGGCCGCUACAAUCGUGGUCGCGGUGGUGGUCGUGGGGGAGAGCGCUAUAACCGCGGCGGCUACCGCGGUGGCUACGACGGCGGAUACGAUCGCGGCUACGAUCGCGGCUACGAUCGACCGGGUCGUGGUUAUGACCGACAAGACCGCGGCCGGCAGUACAACGCGCGUCGCCGCGACGAGCCACAGGAGAACCCACCGAUGCGGGAGCCGACGAACACGGUGUGGGUCGGCAGCUACGACCCGGCCUUCCACUCUCGCUUGAUGCUGUGCCGCGCCUUCUGGCCCUUCGGCCGUGUCAUGCAAGUCGCCGUGCACGAGGGCAAGUCCUACGCGUUUGUCCACAUGCGCCGCACAGAGGAGGCGAAGGCGGCCGUUGACGCCCUGAUGCAGAGCCGCGAGCUGGGGCCCGCGAUCUUUAACUUCAGCAAGCAUCACGACUACACCGAGGAAGAGAUGAACCUGCCGCACGACCCCAACGUGGUCGAAGAGCCGCCGCUGGAGGAGCCGUCCCAGCAGCACCCCCAGCGUCAGCAGUACCCCCAGCAGUACCCGUCGCAGCCACCGCCACAGCAGCAGCAAUUCCAGCCUGGAGCUCGUCGCCCCCGCGAGCAAGACGAGUACGAACCGCGAGACUUCCGCGACGUCCGCGAUGGUGAGGCGGCCCCGCAGGAGGCGCUGCCGCCGCCCCCGCCGCAGCGUCGUGCCCGCGGUGAGCGGGACGCGAAGGAGCCGUCGAACGUGCUGUGGCUCGGCAACCUUGUCCCCUUCAUCACCAAUGAGAAGUUGGUGGAGAUCUUCGAAGUCUUCGGCCCCAUCUCACACGUCUCCCGCCUGGGACGGUCCAACAUGGCGUUCCUCACCUACGACACGGUGGAGCAGUGCACGAUGGCACUGGAGACGAUGAAGGGACGACCGAUUGAGGGGGUGAUGCUCAGCAUGAACUACGGCCAUGAUGCGCAAAACAACAACGAUUCGGCACGUGACGGUGGCAGCGGAGCUCCUGGCGGCCCGGGGAACAGCUACAACAGCGUCCCCCUCACCGCGGAUGGCAUCCCAGUCAAUGAGACGCCGACGAACAUCAUCUACCUCGGCAACCUGCCCUCCGACGCGGACGCCCAGGAGGUGGAGAACUUGUUCCAGCCGUUUGACGGCUUCAUCUUCAGCAAGUACGUGGAGGCGAACAACAUCGGCUUUGGCCACUUUGACAGCAUCGAGACGGCGCGCAUCGCACGCGCGGCGCUGACGAACGCUACGGUCAAGGGCAGCCCCAUCCGAGUGAGCUUUGGCAAACAGAACCACACCUACACGAUGGCGGACCGCCGACGCAUCGGGGAGCCGGCCUCCGACCUCGCGGCGGGUGGAGACUUCAAUCUUGACGCGAUGAUGCGCGGCCCUGGUGGGCAGCUGGACGGGUCAAGCGGUGCGCUGAUGGCCGGGGCGUUCGGGAGUGGCGGCAUGGGCGGCGGCGGCGCGUUGAUGCUGCCUGCAAUGGGCGGCGGUGCUGCCGGUGGGACCGAUGCAGCAAACGGCAAUGUGUAUGCCAAGGUGCGGCCCCCGCCCGAGAUGACACUGGACCACAGGCUGCAGUCCUUGAUGGGCAGCACCUACAACAACUGCGGCGCCAACGGGCUUGAGAUUAGCCCGAGCCAGAUCCAGGCGGUGUGUCUCAUGGUGGACAACUGCAUGGGGGAGUCGUCGUACGAAACGCUCCGCGAGGUCCUCGCCCUCUACUCGCCGCUGCGCUCCGUCCACGUCUUCAACGUCGUGGCGAAGCGGAUGAAGGAGUUCGCGGAUGACCCGCACAAGCGGCUGCUGGUGCUGUACGCCACCACGCACGUCAUGCUGAGCGCCAACACCGAGUACGUCCGCUUCACCGACGCCGUGCUGAAUGCGUUUCUCAUGGUGCUACUGGUGGCGAGCGAGGGGCAGACGAGCAGUGGCAUGGACCGCCUCACCUCGAUCAUUGAGAGCCUGCAGCAACACCCCUUUAUCGAGAAGAAGUCGAGUGCGGGCACGGAGUACGAGGCGGAAUUCCGUGCCCAGCUGGAGGAGAUUGCGGAUCGUGCCAAGGCAGAGCAGGACCUGCGCUCUCUCGUGACCCGCCGUCGUCGUCGCGCUUAG